AUGUCGCAGAGGAGUGUUGGCUCACCAAGCAACCCUGUCUGGGGAGACUCGGUCAUGUCCAUCGAACUCACGGAUGACUUCCAACUGCAAGACUAUCCUCUGCGCUUGGGAGUCUGCAGCUCUGAUGCAGGACCACCAGACCAUGGCUUUGUCACCAUCAACCUGGAGCAGAUCCUGCACAGCCGCACGGAACUGGAUCCAGAUGAAGUGGUGAGCAUGAAAGGCUGGUUCCCGUUGUUCGACACCAUGACGGGCGUGCGCGGGCACAUUCUUGUUUCUAUCAAGAUGCAGUUUGUCGGGGAUCAGUCAUACAACGAUCGCUUCGCCUCCUCUGUCGGUGUGCGCUUCUUCUCCAUUGCUUGUCCCCCGCAGCCGCCACCUCAGUUCCCGUGA